AUGCCAUCAGCAGCAAACGUUCGAUCAGCAGUCGUACCUGACGACAUACCAGAAGUUCGAAAGAUUCGCAGCCGUCACAGUUGGAAAGUGGGAAAUGUAGGUCAUCGUAAACCGCCACCGAGAUCGAAAGAGUCAAUACGCUACGUGCAGAAGGAAAUAGCGAAAAGGAAAGAAAAGUUUCAUUUUUCCAAAGAAGAAAUCGACGCACUGUGCCUACUCUUCCGUUAUCUUGUCCAGGACGAUGAAACAAACGCACUCGAUCGAACUCGAUUUCAAGAUUUUCUGCAUAACACGUUCGAAACAACCGAGGAUAUCAUCUUAGAUAGGGUUUUCAAAGUCUUUGAUCGAGACAGUGACGGGCGGGUCAAUAUGCUAGAAUGGAUCAUCGGAUUGAACGUUUAUCUUCGUGGAUCGUUGCAUGAGAAAAUAGCUUUCGCUUUCGAUUGUUAUUCUCUCAAAGGUGAGAAAUUCAUCACUCGUCAAGAAAUAUUUCAAUUAUUGAAAUCAAGUGUUCCGAAGCAAAUGAACGAAGAAAAUCCCAUUGAAAGUAUCAAAGAAUUAGUGGAAAUUACCCUGAAAAAAAUGGAUAAAGAUCGGGAUAAUCGAUUGAGUGACGAUGAUUUCGCUGCAUCUGUUCACGGAGAUCCUCUCCUGCUCUGCUGUUUUGGUCAAAUCUUUCCCAGUUCGUCAAAAAGAGAAGCAUUCGAACAAAUUGCUUUUGGUCAACAAUUGAACAAAGAACAAUUGAAAACAAUAUUCGAUUAUAAAAACAAUUGA